CGCUCUAGGCCGAGCGGGAGGUCGGGGCUGCGGGCGCUCGCUGGUGGCGGAUCUGGACGCCGCUGCGGUGGCAGGGCUCCGCGGCCGGGGUCGAAUCCAAUCGGGAGCCAUGAGCGUGGACAAGGCCGAGCUAUGCGGGUCUCUGCUCACCUGGUUGCAGACGUUCCAUGUACCGCCCCCCUGUACCAGCCCCCAGGAACUGAGCAGUGGCCUCGCAGUAGCCUAUGUGCUGAACCAGAUAGACCCUUCCUGGUUCAACGAGGCAUGGCUCCAGGGCAUCUCAGACGACCCAGGUCCCAACCGGAGGUUGAAGGUCAACAAUCUGAAGACAAUCUUACAGAGCCUGGUGGAGUACUCCCAGGAUGUCCUGGGGCAUCCCAUUUUGGAGCAGCACCUUCCAGAUGUGAGCCUCAUUGGCGAGUUCUCAGACCCAGAAGAGCUUGGCAAGCUGCUUCAGCUGGUGCUGGGCUGUGCUAUCAGUUGCGAGAAGAAGCAGGAGCACAUCCAGAGAAUCAUGACGCUAGAGGAAUCAGUUCAGCAUGUGGUGAUGGAAGCCAUCCAGGAGCUCAUGACCAAAGACACCUCUGACUCCCUGUCACCGGAAACAUAUGGGAACUUUGAUAGCCAGUCCCGCAGGUACUACUUCCUGAGUGAGGAGGCUGAUGAGGGUGAUGAGCUGCGGCAGCGCUGUCUGGACCUGGAGCGGCAGCUGGUACUCCUGUCAGAGGAGAAGCAGAGCCUGGUUCAGGAAAAUGAGGUGCUGAGGGAGCGGGUGGGCCGGUCCGAGGGUGAGGGCGCCACCGGCCUCACCACCAAGAAGCUGCUGCUGCUGCAGUCCCAGCUGGAGCAGCUGCAGGAAGAGAACUUCAGGCUGGAGAGCGGCAGGGAGGACGAGCGCGUGCGCUGUGCCGAGCUGGAGCGGGAGGUCGCUGAGCUGCAGCAGCGGAACCAGGAGCUGACCAGCCUGGCCCAGGAGGCACAGGCCCUGAAGGAUGAGAUGGAUGAACUUCGGCAGUCCUCAGAGCGCGCAGGGCAGCUGGAGGCCACGCUGAGCAGCUGCCGGCGCCGCCUGGGCGAGCUGCGGGAGCUGCGGCGGCAGGUGCGGCAGCUGGAGGAGCGCAACGCCGGCCACGCCGAGCGCACGCGGCAGCUGGAGGAAGAGCUGCGCCGGGCCGGCUCCCUGCGCGCCCAGCUAGAGGCGCAGCGGCGGCAGGUUCAGGAACUGCAGGGCCAGCGGCAGGAGGAGGCCAUGAAGGCCGAGAAAUGGCUAUUCGAGUGCCGCAAUCUGGAGGAAAAGUAUGAGUUGGUGUCAAAGGAGAAGGAGCGGCUGCUGGCAGAGCGGGACUCCCUGCGGGAGGCCAAUGAGGAGCUUCGCUGCGCCCAGAUGCAGCCUCGUGGGCUGACCCAAGCCGACCCCUCACUGGAUCCCACCUCACCGGCUGUGGAAAACUUAGCAGCCGAGAUCCUACCUGCGGAGCUCAGGGAGACGCUCCUGCAGCUUCAGCUGGAGAACAAGCGCCUGUGCCAGCAGGAGGCGGCCGACCGGGAACGGCAGGAGGAGCUGCAGCGCCACCUGGAGGAGGCCAACCGCGCGCGCCACGGCCUGGAGAUGCAGCACCGGCUGAACCAGCAGCAGCUGUCGGAGCUGCGGGCCCAGGUGGAGGACCUGCAGAAGGCCCUGCAGGAGCAGGGGGGCAAGACUGAAGACUCAACCCUGCUGAAGAGGAAGCUGGAGGAGCAUCUGCAGAAGCUGCAUGAGGCAGAUCUGGAGCUGCAGCGGAAGCGCGAGUACAUCGAGGAGCUAGAGCCCCCUGCCGAUAGCAGCACAGCCCGGCGUAUCGAGGAGCUGCAGCACAACCUGCAGAAGAAGGACGCGGACUUGCGGGCCAUGGAGGAGCGGUACCGUCGCUACGUGGACAAGGCGCGCACGGUCAUACAGACCCUGGAACCCAAGCAGCGGCCACCUGGGGGGGCUCUUCCGGACCUCCACACCCUGAGGACACAGCUCCGGGAGCGGGACGGCCGCAUCCGGCACCUGGAGCAGAUGGACUUUGAGAAGAGUCGAAGUCAGCGGGAGCAGGAAGAAAAGCUGCUCAUCAGUGCCUGGUAUAAUAUGGGCAUGGCUCUGCAGCAGCGAGCCGGGGAAGAGCGGGCACCUGCCCAUGCCCAGUCAUUCCUGGCACAGCAGCGGCUGGCCACCAACGCUCGCCGCGGACCCCUGGGACGCCUAGCACCCCUGAACAUGCGCCCCAGUGACAAGCACUGAUGGAUCUCAGGAUCCUGCCACCUGCCCAGCCAAUCAGGGCUUAAUCCACCCUGGAUUCCCCUGACUCACAUGGGGCCCAGCAUUAUGCCUCAGCCAGUUGCUUGAGAGCCUUGAAGUCACAAUCUCUGCCCUUUUCUCUCCCAGGUGGGACGAGAGUGCAGGAUGAGGUGGGAGGCAGGAAAGGGCCUAUUCUUUUUAGCAAUGUGAUUCUUAUUCUUGAUUUUAGUGAGCUGCCAGGGGAGAGAGUGAUUUUAUAUUUGAGAAGAAAGAUAAUAAAGACUUUCAAUCUGA